UCCUUACCUUGCAAUGAGUCUCUCUCUCUCUCUUUUAAAAUUAGGCUUUCUACAUAUGAUCGGUAGGGGGGAGAAAUAGCCGGUGAAUUUUGCUUUGAAAAUGUUUUGAAUUAGAGUGAACAGCAAAAAAUGUUAUAUUUAUUUUGCGCAAGUUGUCAUUUGAAUACAGAUCUAGAAAAGUUUCAUUAUUUUUGAAUGUAUAUUUUCUGAUUGUAUAUUAGACUGUUUGUGCCAAAUAAUUAAUAAAAAUAUUUUUUUAAAAAAAGAAAGAAAUAGCUACCAGUAUUGUGGAGUUGGAUGCAUUAUGAGAGGAAAAGUGAAUGGCCUGCAGCCUGAUUCUAUCCAUAACACCAUGUAACACGAUUUUUGUUCCUGGGCUAUAAAUGUCAUUUCCCAAUUGCUUCUAUAAUAAAAGCAUGGCAAAUGGUUAUUAAACUGAAAAAAAUUGUUUUUUUGCAGGACAUCCUGCAACACAUUUUGCUCUAGUUUUUCAACGAAUAUCUCACCAAGUCUCAAUCAAUUCAACAUAGUUUGUGGCAGCCACAAAAGCAAAGUUUAUGGAGUAUAACAACUACUGUACUUUCAAAGUAAAUACAGUAGAGUCUCACUUAUCCAACAUAAAUGGGCCGGCAGAAUGUUGGAUACGCGAAUAUGUUGGAUAAUAUGGAGGGAUUAAGGAAAAGCCUAUUAAACAUAAAAUUAUAUUAUGAUUUUACAAAUUAAGCACCAAAACAUCAUGUUUUACAACAAAUUUGACAGAGAAAGCAGUUCAAUACACAGCAAUUUUAUUAAUCAACUAGCUGUGUCCGGCCACGCGUUGCUGUUGCGAAGUAUGGUGGUAUGGGAAAUAAAGUAUUGAGGUAUUGGUGGUAGUUAAUGUAAAGGGUAAGGGUUUUCCCUUGAUGGAGCUUAGUCUUCUAACUGGCAGCAAUUGGAUAAAAACAAUUAUUCCUCUCCCUCUAAUUAGGACUUUAUUUUUCUUUUCUUUUUGUUGUAUGAACAUAGAGGCAUGGAUGAGGGGUUGUGCUGCCAAGUUUAGUGUAAUUUUGUUGUUUUGUCCUAGGCCAAAAUUUCAUUACCUUUUUAUAUACAGUAGAGUCUCACUAAUCCAAGCUAAACGGGCCAGCAGAAGCUUGGAUAAGCGAAUAUCUUGGAUAAUAAGGAGGGAUUAAGGAAAAGCCUAUUAAACAUCAAAUUAGGUUAUGAUUUUACAAAUUAAGCACCAAAACAUCAUGUUAUACAACAAAUUUGACAGAAAAAGUAGUUCAAUACGCAGUAAUGUUAUGUUGUAAUUACUGUAUUUACGACUUUAGCACCAAAAUAUCAUGAUAUAUUGAAAACAUUGACUAGAAAAAUGGCUUGGAUUAUCCAGAGGCUUGGAUAAGCGAGGCUUGGAUAAGUGAGACUCUACUUAUAUAGAUGUUCGUAAUUACCAGAGCCGGCCCUAGGUAUUUUUCAAGUGUAGGUGAACAGAAUUUUGGUGCCUCCCCCCCCCCCCCAAACCAAUCACUGAAAAAUAAAAGCGUUGGAUAAGCAAAAAUGUUGGAUAAUAAGGAGGGAUUAAGGAAAAGCCUAUUAAACAUCAAAUUACAUUAAGAUUUUACAAAUUAAGCACCACAACAUCAUGUUUUACAACAAAUCAACAGAAAAAACAGUCUUGACUGCACCCCAUAUGUUUUGUGUCCGAAGCGACCGCUUAAUUCGCCUCAUUGUUGGACCGGCUCUGGUAAUUACUGUAUUUACCAACUUAGCACCAAAACAUCACAAUGUAUUGAAAAGAUUGACUACAAAAACACUGACUCCUAAAAGGCAGACUGUGUUGGAUAAUCCAGAACAUUGGGUAAGUGAAUGUUGGAUAAGUGAGACUCUACUGUACCACACAAUUAAACAGGAAAUAACACUUUCAAACAAGGAUCAGAACCUUUUUCAAAUGUUGUUAGAUAGUGUAUUCAUCCAGUAGCAUUGCUGGAUUAAAUGGGGUGUACUUUUAGAAGAACUAGGAAGAGAUGCCAAGCUUGGAACUUGCCAGAUCUAAAAUUCCAUAAUGUUGGAUAAGGGGAUUGGAAGGAUUACCCUUAUUAUGUACAUCAACCUUGCCUCUUUCUCCUGUAGUGGAUGGUGCUCUGUCCAGACAUCGAUGCCAGCGGAAGCUACAGGAAAGCCCUUCUCUUCCUCUGUCCUCUCUUGCUCUGAGCAUCAUUCAACAGAGCCAACGGCCUGAAAGCCAGGGGUGUGUUCAUGUCCACUUGGCCCUGAAUGCUACAGGCAUCAGAGGACUGGAACUGAAUUUUCUGGUCCUGAGUUCUAAUCGCUUUGGUUGGCUGAGGAUCUUGAAGAGGAGGAAGCACCAGACAUACGCAGGGAACUUGUGGCAGAUUGAGUUUGACUGUUUCCCAGCAGAGAGUGGACAGAAGGUGUUUGUCUCUCUGGAUACCAUUCCUCCUGGGGUGCUGAGUAUCAACCAAACCAUUGCAGUCACUAGCAAGCAAUCAGGACCUGAUUUCCACCAUACGUGGUUGCCUGGAUCACGAUCCAUUGAGGUGUCCGUAUCUCAGGGACCUGCUAUUAUUGUGCGCCUUUGCCACCAACUGGCCCUGGUGUGCGAGGAACUGCGAGAGCCUUUCCAUAUGCAGGCAAACGUCUCUGAACACCAUCCUGCUGUGCUACCCUAUGAACUUCUGCUUCCUUGCUUAUGUAUUGAGGCAUCCUAUGGGCACCAAGAUGGCAUACGGAAGAAGAUUUGCCCAUUCCAGGAUCAACCAGAAGCCUUUGGACCAGACCUGUGGUCCUCAGUGCAGUUCAAGGACUACAGCAAUAGUGUAAAGGCUGAAAUGGCGAUGGCACUGAAAGACCGCUGCUUCCUUCAUCCCACUGCUUCCCUUUGCUGGAAGGAAACUGCUGCUCCAGAAGCAAUAUGUCAAGAUAUCCCCAAUGCUACAAUCACUGAAACAGGCCAGGAAUAUAUCCUCAAGGAGGUGGAUGUAAACCCACAACUCUGCUUCAAGUUCUCUUACAAGAAUACAAGCCACAUCGAGUGCCCACACCAGACGGAAACUGCUUGGAAUGUGUCUCUAAGGGCCACAUUUUUCCAGCUCCAUGUCAACAUCCGCUGCCAUAUACCAGCAUCCUUUAGUGCAGCCUUAUGUCAAAAACAACCCAGAGGCCUGUGUGAGCUCGAACCUCCUGUCUAUACUGUCACCCAUCCAGAGGGAUCGGUCCAAGUAGAUCUGGAUCUCAUUCUCCCUUGGAGGGCUUUGAGGAGCUGCUUACUGGUGUGGCGUUCUGAUGUUCGCUUUGCUGGCAAACAACUCCUUUGUCCUGAUGUUUCACACAAGCACUGGGGGCUGUUGGCCUGUGGAGUGAGUCUGGGAUUGGGGUUGCUGUUCACCGUCAUUCUUCUGAUUCGCUGGGGUUUGCACAGGCUCCAGAGAGAUAUGCCCAGCAAACACUAUUCCCGUCCCAUUCUGCUGAUCUACUCUCCUGAUUCGGAGGAACACAAGCAGCUGGUCUGUGCCUUUGCUGGAUUGUUGCGCUCUGCACUUGGCUGCCCCAUUCUGUUGGACCUCUGGGAGCUGGGCCAUGUUGGCCGACUGGGCAUCAUGGCCUGGAUGUACGCCCAGCGAGAACUUGUAAGCCAGGAGCAGGGCCAAGUGCUGCUGUUAUGGAGCCCAGGGACCGCUCAUUCCUAUGAACUGUGGCACGGGAAGGAAGAUGGAGAUGGAGGGAAGGCACCAGAGCCGCAUGACCUUUUUGGAGCUGCCAUGGCAUGUUUGCAAGGCGAACUCCAGGGUGCUGCUGGGACUAUGAAACAGAGCGACUGGGUGAUCGCCUAUUUCAGUAAAGUGUGUGGCCGGCGGGACAUCCCUCGUGCCCUGCGGUUCCUUCCCCGCUAUCGCCUGCCGCAGGAACUUCCAGGGCUGGUCAAGGUCUUGCAGGGCCCUUCCAGCUCAGCACCCAACUGGUUGCAUGCCAGUGCCAAAGACUUGGUGCGCCGCCUGCUCAAAGUUGAACGGAGGAAAGGGCCACGGAGCCGGCUGUAUCAUUCUUGGAGGACAACCACAGAGAGGCUUAGAACAAGCUCCCUUAUUCCCCUUACUGUUGCCAAACCACGCAAGCCAGCCUGCACUUGAAUGGAUGACCAAGAGGUGGACACCUGUGUCGGUUGUGAAAUGCAGCUGCCUUAGGAGUUAAUUCACAAGUAGGGGCAGUAAAUAGGGGUGAAAGCUAUAUCUGCUCUAUUGCGGAAUCCACAAAUCUGUAGCAUGCUGGGCCUCUUAAAUCCAAUGCUUACAAAAAGGAAGGGCUAAAUUCAGCCAAAUGCUUUAUGGUAAGGAGAAGGCUGAGACUGUUCUGCCCAAAAGCCAGGCUUUCUCCAACAUGGCAGUGGCAACUGAUGUAAUGGAGAUGAGAUUGCCAUAAAAGAUAAUGCUAGUGAUGUAUGGGGCACAGGAAAGGUCAGGACCCAGAGGCCAUUUAUUGGCCUUACCUUUGGCAGAGGGGAUGUGCAAUAUUAAUAUUGUGUGUAAGGUAAAGGUAAAGGUCUUCCCCUGACAUUAAGUCUAGUUGUGUCUGACUCUGGGGGUUGGUGUUCAUCUCAAUUUCUAAGCUGAAGAGCUGGUGUUGUGUGUAGACGCCUCCAAGGUCAUGUGGCUGGCAUGACUGCAUGGAGCGCCGUUACCUUUCUGCUGGAGCAGUACCUAUUGAUCUACUCACAUUUGCUAGGUUGGCAGAAGCUGGGCUAACAGCGGGAGCUCAUGCCACUCCCUGGAUUCGAACCAGUGACCUUUCAUUCAGCAGAUUUCAGCAGCUCAGUGGUUUAAUCGGCUGCACCAGCGGGGGCUCCAUAAACUGCAAAAACUUGAUUGUGUGUAGUCAGGAAUAAUCCAUAAUGGUGUGGUCUCCAAGAUCUUGCCUCGUUGGUGCACAGCAGUGCCAAUGACAUUGAGAGACAAUUGGUCCAUGCACCAGGAGGAUGCUGUCAUGCAACAGAACUGGAUAAUCCAGCAGACCGAAUAGCUACAUUACCAAAAUAAUAAAGGUUGUAGUCAAAGAAGAGAACCGCAUGUGUUGCGGUAUGUAAGAAAUCAGUUAAUCAGUUAAUGUGUUGCGGUAUGUAAGAAAUCAGUUAAUGUGUGUGUGUCAACUGCAAAAUAAGGUGCAUGAGGCUGAUUGGUUGAGCCAUGUCUGGAGAGCUGGUUAAGCCUGGGAGUUUUUGAUAUUGUUGAAUUUUUGUUCAGGCUUGAGCUAUGCAGGAGCAGAGUGAUUUUGAAGAGAGAAGCAGAGAGAGACACACACAGAGUUAGAAGUGUGCUCUUGCUUCAUGAGCUGCUGGAAGGAAUUUAUCCACAUGGACAAAGGAAAGACUAUUUUAAAUCUCUCAUGAAAGGACAUUAUGUGAGUUGGUGCAACUGAUCACAUUGUAAAUAUGUUGUUCUGGAUUUAAGAAGAAUAAACUACUUGUUCUUUAUUGUUCACCUGCGUGGCACAUAUCUCUCUGGUAAGGCAGUGCGUGGACAACACAGUUUGAUUUUUCAUUACAUCACAGCAUGCAUAUAAUAAUAUUCUCGUAAACAGACUACAUGGACUUACAUUUUCGUUACCAAUUUGCCUAUCUUUAAAUUGUCCAAACAAGAACAAAGCAAACGUGUCACCAAGGAAUUUGAUAGUUCUUAUUGUGCUGUGUGGUAAAUAUGGUUUAUCAAAUGAAUCCCACAUCUGUUCUUGUUUUUCUGCUUUGUUUGAUGUAAGAUAAUAAAUGGACUGUUUAAAACAA